AUAGCGAAGACGCUCAAGAAUGGAUUGAAAUAUUCUUAAGAGUGAAAGAAGCUAAUGGAUGGCCAGACAAUAGAAGAGUAGCAAUUUCAGCAAGAAUGUUAAAAGAAGAAGCAGCUGACUGGUACAAUUUACUAGCUUCUCAAAAAUCUUCAGAGUCUACUGAAUCAAUUUCUGUAUCUGAAUCAUUCAUAAAGUCUUCAUUAUCUAUAUUAUCUGUAACUUUGUCAUAA